AUGCGUGAUUUUGGUGGUGGAAGCACCACGUCUUCAGCCAGUACAUCAGCCACAAUCAUCAAAAGGGCUACCAACAACAAUUCGACGUCGUCUGGAGUGUCUUCUGAAGUGUCGCCCAAUUCGAAUUCAUCGGACUCACACCACGAUCAGAAUCAGAACAAGAAAUGCAAUUGUUGUCCGUUUGGAAUACAUAUUGGACUGGAAUUUGUGUCAUAUGCACAGAAUGUCAGCAAUGGAUUCGUUUCUAGACAAGGCACCCCGACAAACACGUUUCCACGUGGCAACGGAAUUGACCGGCAGCUGAUGUCUCCUCUCCUGGAUAACAGUAUUUUCAGCGAUUCAUUGGAGAACUUGAUGAGUGAUUUUGAUGAUCUGGCUACAGUACCAAUUAAAGAUGUUGAAAAGAAAAAGACAAUUCAAGAUCUGCGUAGCCGUAUGCAGGGUGGCUACGAUUCUGACUACACUACAUAUCGAAGAGGUCCACCACCGGCACAAAAUAUUUUACCACAACCGCCAAGAAGAGCACAUUUUGAGUCAACAAAACCGUCUCCAAUCAGCCGCCCGGCAAAUUUGAAUCUCGGAUUCAGUGGAAGCCGGAGUAACACGCCUACAAGAUUUGGAGGGUCCAAUGGAGGCUCUAAUGUCUACUCCACCGCUCUUGCUAAAACUGUCUCCGAAAUUCGCGCCAGAAAUGCCGAGUCACCAUUCCCCGACAGUCGUGUUGGGACACCAAUUGAUUUGGGAGUCAGCCAGCAGCAAAAUGGACAUGGAAACGGAUUUUAUACAGCUACGCCGUCAAGAUUAGCAAAUCCCAGAUAUGAUGAUUUGCCACCAACGCCAACACCAACGUUUAGACGAGCUCCGUCUCAAGGUGACUUGCCACGUGGCUACUCUACCCUUUCCCACAGUACCACCGGACCGAACGACUUUGCCAGCCUUCGCCGUGGCCGAGAAUUUGCUCUUCCAGAACAGGACCACCAUUCUAGGGUCCGAUUUUUCUCUGCGUCUCCGAAAAUUCAGAGGAGAGCCCUCCAAGCUGGUCCAUCGAUCGACGUGGAAUCUCACUUCACCUAUGCUCAAACCCAAAAUGGUCAAAAAGUGCUGGCACGGACCCAAUCCACAAGCACCUCACCACCACCACAACCACCAUCGGCGUUCGAACCCGUCCCACCAACUCAAGCUACUCAAAAUGGUCUCAACGGACUACAAAUUCAGAAACCAGUGGUCACAAGAUCUGUCGCCGUGUCCACAGGACCCCUUCCAGCACCCAAACCGUGUGGAGAGUGCGCCGGACUUCGAAAGGAGCUCUUUUUGGCAGUCGAAAAAAUCCCUCCACCACCAGCUGAAACCGCCGAAAUCGCCACAUCUACCGUAUCCCUGACCCUCAUCGAUCAGUCAGUUGGCUCCGAACCCAUUUCACAAUGCCACGUGGCACUUGGCACCGAGCCAACUUCCACGACUGAAGUUGGCACCGUGCCAGACCCGCGGACAUCGCUGCACACGGACACACAGACCGACGAGAGGAUUGCUGUAGAUCGAGGUUGCAGUCCGGUGGGAUUUGAGGAGCCAGUGAAGGAGAUAGAAGUGAUAAAGGAGGUGAUCAAGGAGAUUACCGUACCUGCAGCAGUGGAGACUACAGUAACCUCGUCUGGGGAUUGUGAAGAAUGCCUCAAGCGAAAAGAUGUGUUCACAAGAAAUGUGGGAGUCGGAGCUUGUGCGAUUUCUGAUAAAAUUUGUGUGAAUUGUGAUAAGCAAGUGGAGGAGGCUGAUGAGAAUGAGGCGCCUGGUUUUAAGGUGGACCCCGAUGACAACCAAAAACAGCGGGAAUUCGAAAUCGCCAAGGCAAACGCCGUGAAGAAGCUGUUGACCAAUGAGCAGAAGAGCAAUUUCCAGAGAGGGACUGCAGUGUCAAAAUCCGCCCGCUUCGACCGCAAACGGUCUGUAGACGACCUGGACUACAUUGUGGACAAGAAAAAUGCCACGUCAUCUGCGGCUGCCACCCCUGAAGCUCCGCCCACAAUUCCAGAUUCCACAGAAUCCCCCCUAAAAUCAAAAGUGAUUCUUAAAAAAGAGGUCGUCAUCGAGGCUCCGCCCCCAAAAUCACUUCCUGACCCAAUUCCGGCACGAAUUCCACGUCCCAAGAUCUCAAAAUGGGCGGUCACGUCGGAGGAAGAGGCCGCCGAGACACCAGAUGAGCAAGAAGAGGCUCAGGAUCGUCUGACGCCGCUUAGAAGUGAUAUGAGGCAAUUAGGGAAUAGAUGGCAAAGAAACCAAGUCACCAUCUCAACAAACACUCAGCCGUACACAGCGCAAGAGGAGGAUAUUAGUGACUCCGACGCAGAAUCCGAUUGCUCAGCACAUAGUGACGCGACGUUUGAAGUGAAUGAUGAUGUGUUUGAUGCCGCCCCAUUCGAAGUGUCGGAUCGUCUUCGGGAGGCACUGGAGAACUUCAAUUCGUCAAUUUUGGAGCCUGGCAGUGUGCCACAAGAAACUGUGGAAUGGUCCGCAAAAUUGGUCCGUCAUGUGUGGAUGACAACUGCUGGGAACUCAUCGUCUCGCUAUGAAAAUGUGGACAAAUUUGUCCAAGAAUUAGGCAAUCUGGGACCCCAAAUCCUGCACAUGGUCGUCAAUUUUUGUGAUCAAAAUGGAAACACCGCUUUACAUUAUGCAGUGUCACAUGCAAACUUUGCCGUGGUUUCAUCAAUUUUGGAUAGUGGAGAGUGCGAUUUGGACGCGCCAAAUCGGGCAGGCUACACGGCUGUAAUGUUGGCUGCCUUGUCCCAACUAGAAGAUGAAAUGGAAAAAGCAGUGGUCCAUCGACUAUUCCAAAUGGGUGACGUCAACGCCAAGGCAUCUCAACAUGGACAAACUGCCCUUAUGUUGGCCGUCUCACACGGCAAAAAGACCACAACUGAGCUCCUACUGGCCUGCGGAGCCAAUGUGAAUGAGCAAGAUCAGGAUGGCUCGACGGCACUGAUGUGUGCUGCGGAGCACGGACACAAGGAGCUAGUGAAGAUGUUGUUGGCUGAAAAUAAUUGUAACGCGUCGUUGACCGAUGUGGACAACUCUACAGCCCUAUCCAUCGCCCUGGAGAACGAUCAUCGCGAGAUUGGAGUGAUGAUCUACGCAUAUCUUAAUUAUGGUCGUCUCGAUAUUUCUGGACCAACUUCUACUAUUUAG